AUGGGAAACUGGGAAACAGGGAGAAUGGGAGACGGGAGACGGGAGACGGGAGACGGGAGACGGGAGACGGGAGACGGGAGACGGGAGACGGGAGACGGGAGACGGGAGACGGGAGACGGGAGACGGGAGACGGGAGACGGGAGACGGGAGACGGGAGACGGGAGACGGGAGACGGGAGACGGGAGACGGGAGACGGGAGACGGGCUGUUCACUGUACCGUAUACGAACCUAGCUGCUAUUCGACCCUAAAGGGUUUCUGGACCAGGCUCAAGGCUCAGAGAAGAGGAAAUAUGAUAGAAAACUACUGAAGACUCUGACUCCUACUGGUAACUGGUGAAAAGAUAACUUCCUUAUGUAAGCUACAAAAGUGCCAACAUAAGGUAAGGUAAAAACAGUCUCUACAAGCCCAGCCAGAAAUGAAUCCCUACA